GCUGAGGCAAAGAGAGCGAGCUAUAAAUUAAGGAUCUCGGCUACUCAAUUUACAUAUGCUUCCGUCUUCCUUGCCCAGCCACCUCUGUUUCUUCAUAAAUCUCGCUAAAACUGUCAUGGAUUCACUUGGUGCAGCCAGCAUUCAUUUUGGGUUUGAUCUUUUCAAAGAGCUGAAGAAAAGAGAUGACAGCAAUGUCUUCUUUUCCCCGAUGGGCAUCUCAACUGUCAUUGGCAUGCUCCUCCUUGGUACCCGAGGAGCCACCGCCUCCCAAUUACAGAAGGUGUUUUGCUCUGAAGAAGACACUGAGAGCUCAAGAAUAAAGGCUGAAGAAAAUGAGAUUGAGGAGACAGAAGAGAUACAUCACCAAUUCCAAAAGUUUUUGACCGAAAUAAGCAAACUCCCUAGUGAUUAUGAACUGAACAUAAGCAACAGGCUGUUUGGAGAAAAAACAUACCUCUUCCUUCAAAAAUACUUAGAUUAUGUUGAAAAAUAUUACCAUGCAUCUCUGGAACCUGUUGAUUUUAUAAAUGCAGCAGAUGAAAGUCGAAAGAAGAUUAAUUCCUGGGUUGAAAGCCAAACAAAUGAAGAAAUCAAGGACCUGCUUCCAGAUGGCUCUCUUAGCAGCUCUACCAAGCUGGUGCUGGUGAACACAGUUUAUUUUAAAGGGCAAUGGGAUAGGGAGUUUAAGAAAGAAAAUACCAAGGAGGAGGAAUUUUGGAUGAAUAAGACUACAAGUAAAUCCGUGCGGAUGAUGACCCAGAGCCAUUCCUUUAGCUUCACUUUCCUGGAGGACUUGCAGGCCAAAAUUGUGGGGAUUCCAUAUAAAAACAAAGACCUAAGCAUGUUUGUGCUUCUUCCCAAUGACAUAGAUGGUCUGGAGCAGAUUAUAGAUAAAAUAAGUCCUGAGCAGUUAGUAGAGUGGACCAGUCCAGGGCAUAUGGAAGAAAGGAAUGUGAAUUUACACCUGCCCCGGUUCCAAGUGGAGGAUCAUUAUGACCUUGAGGCAGUCCUGGCAGCCAUGGAGACGGGAGAUGCUUUCAGUGAGCGCAAAGCCGACUAUUCAGGAAUGUCCCUACGCUCUGGGUUGCAUGCCCAGAAAUUCUUGCACAGCUCCUUCAUCAUGGUCACUGAGGAAGGCACAGAAGCUGCAGCUGCCACCAGUAUCAGCUUCAAUGUCACAUCAGCCCCAGGUGAUGAAAAUGUUCACUGUGAUCAUCCCUUCCUGUUCUUCAUCAAGCACAAUGAGUCCAACAGCAUCCUCUUCUUUGGCAGAUUUUCUUCCCCUUAA